CCACGUGGUGCAGCGGGAGCGGGGCCGGGCGGGAGCGCCGGGAGGAGCUCCGGGAAUUGCUCCGGGAACAGCGCCGGGAGGAGCCCCGGGGGGAGCCGCGGCCAUGCAGCGCCGCAAGGUGGACAACCGCAUCCGCGUGCUGAUCGAGAACGGCGUGGCGCAGCGGCGGCGCAGCCUGUUCGUGGUGGUGGGCGACCGCGGCAAGGACCAGGUCGUCAUCCUCCACCACAUGCUGUCCAAGGCCACGGUGAAGGCCAGGCCCUCCGUGCUCUGGUGCUACAAGAAGGAGCUGGGCUUCAGCAGCCACAGGAAGAAGAGGAUGAGGCAGCUCCAGAAGAAGAUCAAGAGUGGAACUCUGAACAUCAAGGAUGAUGAUCCCUUUGAGCUGUUCAUAGCAGCCACAAACAUCCGCUACUGCUACUACAAUGAAACCCACAAGAUCCUUGGGAACACCUUUGGAAUGUGUGUCCUUCAGGAUUUUGAAGCCUUGACUCCAAACCUGCUGGCCAGAACUGUGGAGACAGUGGAAGGUGGUGGAAUUGUGGUGAUUCUGCUGAGAACCAUGAACUCCCUGAAGCAGCUCUACACAAUGACCAUGGACGUUCACUCGCGGUACAGGACAGAGGCCCACCAGGAUGUGGUGGGGAGGUUCAACGAGAGGUUCAUUCUGUCCCUGGCCUCGUGCAAGACGUGCCUGGUGAUUGAUGACCAGCUGAACAUCCUGCCCAUCUCCAGCCACGCUGCCAACAUCACUCCUGUGCCCCCCCAGUCCCAGGAGGAGAGCCUGGGGCCCCAGGACUUGGAGCUGAGGGAGCUGAAGGAGAGCCUGCAGGACACACAGCCUGUGGGAGUGCUGGUGGAUGGCUGCAAAACCCUGGAUCAGGCCAAAGCAGUUCUAAAAUUCAUUGAGGCCAUUUCUGAGAAGACCCUGAGGAGCACUGUGGCAUUAACAGCAGCCAGGGGACGAGGGAAAUCUGCUGCUUUGGGGCUGGCCAUUGCUGGAGCAGUGGCUUUUGGUUACUCCAAUAUCUUUGUCACAUCUCCCAGCCCUGACAACCUUCACACUCUCUUUGAGUUCAUAUUUAAAGGCUUUGAUGCACUGCAGUAUCAGGAGCACCUGGACUAUGAGAUUGUUCAGUCCUUAAAUCCAGAGUUCAACAAGGCAGUGGUCAGAGUGAAUGUGUUCAAGGAGCACAGGCAGACUAUCCAGUACAUCCACCCUGCUGAUUCUGUGAAGCUGGGCCAGGCUGAGCUCGUGGUGAUCGACGAAGCUGCUGCCAUUCCCCUGCCCCUGGUGAAGAACCUGCUGGGCCCUUACCUGGUGUUCAUGGCUUCCACCAUCAACGGGUACGAGGGCACCGGGCGGUCGCUGUCCCUGAAGCUCAUCCAGCAGCUCCGCCAGCAGAGCGCCCAGAGCCAGGUGACCCUGACAGCAGAGAACAAGUCCACAGCCACUGCCAAGCUCACCUCAGCUCGCACGUUGCACGAGGUGUCCCUGCACGAGUCCAUCAGGUACGCCCCUGGGGACCCCGUGGAGAAGUGGCUGAAUGACCUGCUGUGCUUGGACUGCCUCAACAUCACCAGGAUCAUCUCUGGCUGCCCUCUGCCAGACACCUGUGACCUAUACUAUGUAAACAGAGACACACUCUUUUGUUACCACAGAGCAUCAGAAGUUUUCUUGCAGAGGCUGAUGGCCCUCUAUGUGGCUUCACACUACAAGAACUCCCCCAAUGACCUCCAGAUGCUCUCUGAUGCCCCUGCCCAUCAUCUCUUUUGCCUUUUGCCUCCCGUUCCACCCACCCAGAAUUCGUUACCAGAAGUCCUGGCUGUUGUUCAGGUGUGCAUGGAGGGAGAGAUCUCCCGCCAGUCCAUCAUGAACAGCCUCUCCAGGGGAAAGAAAGCCUCUGGUGAUCUUAUUCCCUGGACCAUUUCAGAGCAGUUCCAGGAUCCGGAUUUUGGGGGCCUGUCCGGCGGGCGCGUCGUUCGCAUCGCGGUUCACCCGGAUUACCAGGGGAUGGGCUAUGGCAGCAGAGCCCUGACUUUGCUGCAGAUGUACUAUGAAGGCAAAUUCCCAUGUUUGGAAGAAGAAGCAGUACAAAAACCAAAAGAAAUCACAACUGUGAGCAGUGAGACUGUUGGUUUAUUAGAAGAGGUUGUGACACCCCGGAAGGAUUUGCCUCCUUUGCUGCUCAAACUGAGUGAGAGACAAGCUGAGCACCUGGACUAUCUCGGGGUGUCUUACGGCCUGACACCCAAACUGCUCAAGUUUUGGAAGCGUGCUGGGUUUGUGCCUGUUUAUCUGAGGCAGACCCCUAAUGACCUGACAGGGGAGCAUUCCUGCAUCAUGCUGAAGAUGCUCAAUGAAGAGGACUCUGAGCAGGAACCUUGGCUCACUGCCUUCUGGAAAGAUUUUAGGAGACGCUUCCUUUCCCUGCUUUCCUACCAGUUCAGCACCUUCUCUCCCUCCUUGGCACUGAAUAUUCUACAGAACAAAAAUAUCAAACAGCAGCCCCAAGCACCCAUCAGCCGUGCGGAGCUGGAGUCAGCCUUCAUCCCGUACGACCUGAAGAGGCUGGAGAUGUACUCCCGCAACAUGGUGGACUACCACCUCAUCAUGGACAUGGUUCCCAGCCUGGCCAGGAUGUUCUUCCUCAGCCAGAUGGGGGACAUCUCCCUCUCUGCUGCACAGUCGGCCCUUUUCCUAGGGAUCGGCCUGCAGCAUAAAUCUCUGGACCAGCUGGAAAAGGAGCUGGAACUGCCCAGCAGUCAGCUGAUGGGGCUCUUCAACAGGAUCAUCCGCAAAGUAGUGCAGCUGUUCAACACAGUCCAGGAAAAAGCUGUGGAGGAGCAGAUGGCAGCAACAAAGGAUGUUGUGAUGGAGCCAACGCUGAAAUCUUUAAAUGACGAUUUGGAGGAGGCUGCAAAGGAAUUCCAAGAAAAGCACAAGCAGGAGGUGAUGAAGCUCAAGGAGAUGGACCUUACACAGUACAUUAUCCGGGGGGAUGAUGAGGAGUGGAACGAGGUGCUGAGCAAGGCAGGACAGAACGCUUCCGUCGUCAGCUUGAAAAGUGAGAAGAAAAGAAAACUAGAAACAGCACGUGGACCUAAGCAACAGAAGAAAUUUAAGAAGAUUAAAGAUCUAAAGCAGAAGAGGAAAAAAUGACUUAAAAGCCAAUCAAUGAACUUGAAUGAACAAGUGCUGGGGCUGUACUUCAGAAGCCCUGUUCUCCUCUAAAGCAAGAGACUAUUUUGGAGGGAAGAAAAAUCCUUAGAGGCAUUUUUCAAGUGUUUGUAUUGUGGGAAGAGCAUUGUUCAAGUGUUUGUGUGAAGAUUUAUAUGAAGGGUGACUGCAGAGUGUGAGUGAGGAACUGGAAUGCACUGGGAUGUGAUGAAGGUGCUUGAGCAACUCCAACAUUCCCAUCCAAGGGGACAGAUCUGUAAACUUCCUGCAUCUUAAUGGUUCUAUUAAACAAGAAUUUGGACAACAAA